AUGGGAGUUGGUCCAAGUGAGGAAAUCCUGAUUUGUCUUAACUUUCCUGAGAACUUUAUAAACCUCACCAUGAAUUGCAUCAAAUCUGCUAGUUUUUUUGUCAACUGCAAUGGUGUUGCUGGUAGCCUCUUCAAAUCUAGCAAAGGUCUUAGACAAGGAGACCCUGUCUCUCCUCUCCUCUUCGUUGUUUGUAUGGAAUAUCUAUCUAGAAUCCUUAAGAAUGCAGAUCCUGACUUCACCUUUCACAAAGGGUGCAAAAAAUUGAAAAUUAAUCAUCUUAUGUUUGCAGAUGAUCUAUUACUCUUCUGUCAUGGUGAUAUUAAAUCUAUCCUGUUUCUUGCUAACUCCUUGAAUAGCUUUAAAAAUUCCUCUGGUUUAAGUGUUAACCCUACUAAAAGCCAAAUCUUUUUCUGUAAUAUUGAUAGUAGUCUCAAAGUCAGAAUUUGUGAAAUUUUGGGGUUUAAAGAAGGUGUCUUACCCCUAAGAUAUUUGGGAAUUCCUCUUAUCUCUACUAGGCUGUCAAAAACUGAUUGUCAAGGUAUUAUUGAUAAGAUUACUGCCAGAAUUUGUUCUUGGACAAGUAGAUUCCUGUCUUAUGCUGGGAGAGUCCAAUUAAUUCAAGCUGUUUUGAUGAGUAUGCAUGUGUUUUGGGCUUCUAUAAUGGUCCUCCCAAAGAAAAUUAACAAGGAAAUCCAAAGCAUCUGUGCAAGGUUCUUAUGGACUGGAAAAUCAGAGGGAAGAUAUAGUGCAAUGGUGUCCUGGCAAGACAUCACUAAGCAGAAAAAAAAUGUGGGCUUGGCAGCUUCUGGGGUUCUAAAGCAAACAACAACACAAGCUGGGUUUGGAGAGGGCUGUUCUCUCCUAGAGAAAUUCCCCAGAGUUAAGAUGAAAGAUGCUAAUAUCCCCAAGCAUUCCUCUCUAGCAGAUAUAUGGAGGAACAACAGAUGGAUCCUCCCUGACCCCAUAGAUAAUGAUACUGAAGAAGCUUGGAACAACAUAAAAAACAAUGUCAGGUUACAUAGCAAUGUGGAGGAUGCUAUGGAGUGGAAAGUGGUGUGCAACAACAAGUUUUCCAUUGCUCAAACUUGGAAUGAAUUCAGAGAGCACCAUGGAUAUGUGUCAUGGCACAAGUUAAUUUGGGGUAAGGAUUCUAUCCCUAGAUUCAACUUUAUUCUUUGGUUAGUGAUGAAAAGAAAAUUGAAGACUAAAGACAGAUUAUACAAUUGGGGUGUUGUUGCUGAUAACAAUUGCAUUUUCUGUUCCUCUGAUACUGAAACAAUUGAUCAAUGUUUCUAUGAUUGCCAUUUUGUGAAAAAAGUCUGGGAUAUCCUAUUGCCUAUAUGUUGCUGUCCUAGUAAUAUCAGAACAUGGAGGAGACUGAUUAGUUGGUUUGUUGAUAGAGCCACUGGGAAAAAUGUUGCAGCCAGACUACGAAGAAUUAUUCUGACAGCAACUGUAUACUUCAUCUGGAAGGCCAGGAACAGGUUCAUUUUUGCGAAUGAGACCCCAAGUGUUGCAGGGAUUAUCAAAAAUGUGAGGUCCAUUGUCAUUGAGAAGAUCAAAUCACCACUGCCUUCUCCCUCUAGCACUUCGGUCGGUCCUUACCCAGGCAAACCGGUAUUCACCUCAAUGACAAACAUUGUUUAUCCUCAAGUCUUCAUUUCUGCUUCUGCUCUGCCAUUUUCAAAAGUUUCCCAUCCAAAACCUCUGUCUCUCUACUUUCUAGUUCAAGAUUCUCAGUCUCACUGCCCAUAUUCUUCAAGAAAUGGCGUGUACAUCAUUGAAGCCCUCCAAACACCACCGUCGCCAACAAAGUCUUCCUCCAAGAAGAGGUCAGGUCAAGUUCUUGAGCAAAAAGAACAUGCUGCAUUAUUCAUUGGAAUGAGGCCCCUUAUCACCAAGAAGUUAUUCGAAGCGAUAUGA